GCGCAGUAGGAAAAGUUGUGAAAGUCUCUGCAAACUUUCCCAGCGGCGGGAGCGAGCGCGAGCGGAGAGUUCCAGAAGGUUCCGCUCGUGGAGCCCGGGGGAGGGGGCGGGAGAGAAACUGGCGCCAUCAGCCGCCUGAGGGAAUCUGCAGAGAGUCCGUCCGUGAGGGUGUGUGUGUGUGUGUGUGUGUGUGUGUGUGAGGGGGUGUGUGAGGGUGAGUGUGAGGGCACGGCGGGAGGCACCGGGCCGGCCGGCCGGUUUGGCGGAUGGAUCCGGCUCAGCAGCAGGGCAACGGGACGGGGGCCGGGACCGGGACGUCUCCGGCGGCGGGGUCGGGGGCAGCGGUGCCUCGGGCCGGCCACCAGAUCGUGCAUGUCCGGGGGGACUCGGAGACCGACCUGGAGGCCCUCUUCAACGCCGUGAUGAACCCCAAGAACUCGAACGUGCCGCAGUCUGUGCCGAUGCGGCUCCGCAAACUGCCCGACUCGUUCUUCAAGCAGCCCGAGCCCAAGAGCCACUCCCGCCAGGCUAGCACUGACGGGCCGAAUGCUCCGUCGCUGCAGCCCCAGCAUGUCCGGGCUCACUCCUCACCGGCCUCCCUGCUCAGCGCCGCUGCCGUUACCGCCUCCGCACCCCCGGCAUCGGGAUCCUCCGGCUCCUCGGGCUCGGCCUCGCCCGCCGCUGCUGCAGUACCGCAGGGAAGCGGCUCUUCCCCGGCCUCCGCUCACCUCCGGCAGGCGUCCUAUGAGAUCCCCGACGAUGUGCCUCUACCCCCGGGCUGGGAAAUGGCGAAAACUCCCUCGGGACAGAGAUACUACUUAAAUCACAUUGAACAGACCACAACAUGGCAAGACCCAAGAAAGCCCAUGUCUGUAUUAAAUUCAACUACGCCAGCCAGCACAGUGUCCCUGCAGCAGAACCUAAUGAAUACAACAUCUUCAGGCCCACUUCCCGAUGGCUGGGAGCAAGGCAUUACCCCAGAUGGGGAGAUUUACUACAUAAACCACAAAAACAAGACCACCUCUUGGUUGGACCCAAGGCUUGAUCCUCGUUAUGCAGUGGACCAACAAAGAUUGACUCAAAGUGCUCCUGUCAAGACACCUCCAUCCAUAGGUUCUCAUAGUCCACAUAGUCCGCAAGGAGGAGCAAUGUCAGGCUCCAAUACACAGCAACAGAUGAGACUGCAGCAACUCCAGUUUGAGAAAGAGAGACUUCGACUGAAGCAUCAAGAGCUCCUACGACAGGAAAUGGCAUUGCGCAGUCAAUUGCCAAGCAUGGAACAAGAUGGCAGUCCUCAGACUCCAGUUUCAUCUGCCAUGUCCCAAGAUGUAAGGACGAUGACUACCAACAGUUCAGAUCCAUUCCUUAAUAGUGGAACAUACCAUUCCAGGGAAGAAAGUACAGAUAGUGGACUCGGUAUGAGCAGCUACAGUGUACCAAGAACACCUGAUGACUUUCUUAAUAGCGUCGAGGAAAUGGAUACAGUUGAAAACCUUGGUCCAAAUAAUGUUGGCUCUCAGCAAAAUCGUUUUCCCGACUACUUGGAAACAAUCCCUGGUACUAAUGUGGACCUUGGAACACUGGAGGAAGACAGCAUGAAUGUAGAAGGAGAAGAAUUGAUGCCAAGUCUACAGGAGGCACUGAGCUCUGACAUUCUCAAUGACAUGGAGUCUGUUCUUGCUGCCACAAAGAUAGAUAAGGAGAGCUUCCUGACAUGGCUAUAGGACCCUUGGUCCUUUCAGACUGCCUUUGAUUGUGUGAAGGAUAUCAAAACUUGAGAUAUUUUUGAGUUGUUUUGGACUUCUGAAUUGUCUCUCUCCUCUGAUGCAACAUUGGAUAAACUCUAAAUAUUUGACAAGGAUUCUGCCAAUUGUAUUUCGCACAUUUCAGAAGUAUAAUUACAGUAGCAAAAAAUGUAGAAUUUCAACUUGCUUUUCUUUAACUAGUUAGGAUAUAUGACUCUAUCCCAUUUUCCUACCCCAUUUCAUACAUUUGGAACAAAUCCUGUUGUUUAGUGCAAGUCUUUACUUGUAUAAGUCGUGCAGUUCUGCAACUAUGAUCUCAUGUUUUUGCUUUCCCAAUGUUUUUUCAGAUUUGUAAAUCUCUGUUUAAGCAAGUUAUGCUGACUCUAAAGUAGGCUUAAUUGUGUUAUCAGACUUGGUUAAUGGCUGCUACGAUGUCACAGAAUCUGGUGCCAGUUCUAAGUGCCUUUGCCAGUUUCUUUGAAACUCUUACAUCUUGUAUCCAAAUGUGCUGCCUAUCUGUCUUCCAUUUUACAGUAUACACAGUAUCUAACUUGCUUUUGUCUUUGAGUAAUUGAAAUACAAUUUUCAAAUAAUUGCCCAGUUAAUUCCAGGAAUUGGGUGACUUCAAAGUGAACUGUCAGCUGUUAGUUUGGUUAGACCUUAUUUAAAUAUGAAAGAUUGGUUGGUGCUUUUUAAUUACUUGUACGUGUUGUUAUAGUAUAUUGGACAUGUACAUUUUUCUGUAAUGUCUUACCAAAAUUAGUUUAGUUGAGCUAGUGUUUUUCUUUCAAAAGCUGAUCAAAAGGUUACUUUUAAACCAAAAUACAAAACAUGACAAUUAAAGAAGUGCUGGUUAUAUAUUCUACUUAAAAAAACAUAUGAACUUGUUUUGUAGGUUGAGUGGUUAAAUGGUCUUUUGGGACCUGUUAGAUGUCUAGCAGGACAUAUAGUGUCAGGAGUCCUAUAUACAGUAGUGUAUUGUAGGUGGGGUUAAUGGUUAUAAGAACACAUAUAUGUAUAUCAUAAAGUAUUAGAUUUAAGAAUUGUGACAAAUCAGGGGGAGCUUUGUGAUCAAAUAGAUCUCCAAAGAGUAUUCCUUUUCCUUAAGUUCAUAGGCCUAUUUUUAAAAUGUAAUUCAUUCUCUCAUGAACUGCUGAAUAUGUUAUACCUUUUUGUAUUUGGGUUUUUACUUGUAAAGAUAAUGUGGCUUUUGAAUUGAGUAUUUUUUUAAAAUAGGUACUGAUGGAGAACCCAGGAAAACAUUUUAAUCUUGCAAUGUUGCUAAAUCCUCUUUAUUUCUUUUUUCAAUCCUUGGAGAGUGCUGAUUUAAGCUUCUAUCCAGGUAAAGAAAAAAAAUACAUAUACUGCACAGCUGUUUCAUUCUACACAGGCCUUUAGUGUUGUUAUUCCUUGGGCUACGAUUUUUAAAGUUUUUGUAUUGAGUCUUAAGCAGUGUGUCUAUUGAAAGUGCUACAUUUCAACUCUUGUGCGUUGAGCAAUGCUUGAGCUCCAUUAGUCUUGUAACAUUUUUAAAAUUGUACACAGGUGAACAAUGAUUUUCUAAGAAUUGUGUAAAUUUAACAGUGCACACUCAAACAUGUAUUUUGCAGCUUGUGCGCAGAGAUGAGCAGCAAGAUUGCAUUGAAUCAGUUUAUAGUUUUGUACUAAAUUUGUAUUAGAAGUACUAUUUUGAGAAGCCAUCGUAGAUUCUAAACUUAACACAAGUUCAAAUGUGUACUAUGCAGCUUGAGUCUGAGGGAUGAGCAAUAAUAUUAUUAGAUCAUUUUGUGGUUUUGUGCUCACCUUUGUAUCAGUACUAAUUAGAGAAACCAGCAUAAAUUCUAAGCUUCUAUUUCUAAAGCCAGGUCCGAAAUUAAGCUCAGCAAGUUUCCACCUUUUAAAAGAAAGGUUUCUGAUGUAUGUCACCUUGGUUAAAUUUAACCAUCUUUUUAAGGUAAGCGCAGAGGAAGCGUAGUCAUUGCUUUGCAUGAUCAUGUACAGGUAGUUAUACCAGUGAGAGAAAAGGAUGUAUUUUUCUAAGAGCUGAUGAUCUGUAUGGUUCUCACUUCCUACAAAUCAGUGUUGAAAUAAAACAAUGCAACAAAAAGUUUAAAUUUACAAAAUAUUUCCUAAUACUCAUCUGAGUAAAUGUACAGUUUUGCUUUUGCACAUGCAUAAUGAAAUCUUGCUGAUCAUGACCUUAAUAUCUUUAAAUAGCCAGAACGUAUGCUUGGCAUACAUAGAACACUGACAUUUUCGGUAGUUGAUAAAUAUGUAAUAUUUUAUUAUCUAAUUCUAAUGAAUGCACACAUACUUCAAUAUAUAAUACAACAAUAUUAUUGAUUUUUUUUCAGCUGUACCAGUAUGUCAGUAUAUGGAUACAUACAGUAAAUUCUGUUGCAUUUAUUUCUGUAUGUAAUAAUUUCCAAUGGUUCAUGAUGAUUCAUGUGGUAUAAAAUAUAUUCU